CAAAAUACAUAAUACCCAUUUCAAAAGACAUGGUGCCUUUCAUCGCCUUCUUGUUCAUUGCUUCAUUUUUAUUGCUUAACUUACCCCCUCUAGACGCACAAGUUGGCGUGUGUUAUGGAAGAAGAGGAAACAACCUACCAGGCCCAAGACAAGUGGUAGAGCUAUACAAACAAUAUAAUAUAAAGUCAAUGAGGCUAUAUGAUCCGGAUCAAGCUACGCUCCAAGCGGUACAAGGUACCAAUAUCAAGCUCAUGUUGGGUGUCUCAAACGAGGAUAUUGAACCCAUAGGGUGCUAUCCAUCCAUCGCUGAUACGUGGGUCCGAACCAACGUAGUCCCUUAUGCCUCAUCAAUCAAAUACAUCGCGGUUGGGAACGAAAUCGAACCGUCCGACCCACAAGCCCCACAUAUGGUACAAGCCAUGCAAAAUAUAGUUAAUGCACUAAAUUCACAUAAUUUAGGCAACCAAAUAAUAGUGUCAACCGCCAUUAAUAUGGACUUGGUCCAAAAUACUUAUCCACCAUCUCAUGCCGAGUUUAAAGAUCUAUCAUACAUAACCCCAAUAAUAAAGUUUUUAUUAGAUUAUGAUUGGCCUUUGUUUGUUAAUAUUGAACCCUACGCUACUUAUAUGAAUGACCCCAAAAAUAUUCCACUAGACUUUGCGUUAUUCACAUCUUGUGGAUAUAAGUUUAUUGAUGAUAAAACUAAAUUGGGGUAUCAAAAUUUAUUCGAUGCACAAUAUGAUGCGGUUUGGUUCGCUGCUUGGAAAGUUGGUCUAUCGAUCGAAAAUCAACAAAAUGGACGACAAUUGAGGCCACAAAUUUCGAAAUCGCGCAUGAAUGGACAACGACAAGUGAGGCAACCUUUUACAGGGGAAACUGGAUGGUCAAAAGGUUUUAGCCAUGGGAUGAGUAGGAGUACGACUCAUAAUAAUAAUGUGGAUGGUCAAAGAAAUGCAUGUGGUUAUCCUAAGCAUGGUGAAUUAGGGACAAUGGAAAAUGCAGAGAUAUUUUAUAAAAAUAUGAUAAAUCAUGUUAAGAAGGGGACUCCAUUGUCGCAAGGUUAUGAGUUGGAGGUGUUCUUGUUUGCGAUGUUUGAUGAGAAUCUGAAAACAGGGGAUGAAAGUGAGAAACAUUAUGGAUUGUUUACUCCUGAUGGACGCUCUAAGUAUGGCAUACUCAACUUCUGUGUUGAUCAGUAAAUCAUCAUACAACAUUUUCUUGUAUAAUACUCUUAGUCCUGUAAAAGUCUCAUAUAUAAUAAAUGUGCUCUCAUGAUAUCCUUCCUAUAAAGACUGAAAUAAUUAGAGACGCCAAAUGUAUUAUAUGGUAUUAUGUAUAAUAAUAGUUCUAUAUAUAUAUGUUUGCUUUCAGUCUAGGCUA